CUCCUCCUGUCGUCUCCAAAUCCUCACCUUUGUUCUCGUCAAUACUGUCCCCCCGAGCGUGCUUCUCGUCACACUCGCACAUACAGCACAUUGCGUCGUACUGUACUGCACGGGAAUGCGCCGUGCACGAGUCGGGCAGCCAUUCGCCAUCAAGCACCCGCCCCCACCGUCUCCUCCCACCUCGUCAGCAAAAGGCAUCGUGCGCCCUCGUCCCCUCGUAUCGUGUUGGCUCAUGGUACUGCAGAGCGGUCCGCUGGUUGUGGUCCCUGCGCGACCCAGCCGAGCACAGCGAUGAUGCGCUGGUUCGAAACGAGGGGAGGCGGCGCAAUGAUGCUUGCCAAGCUGUGGAGGGGCUCCAGUUAAGCCGUUCUGGACUGAUUGACGGAUGAACGACAGCUCCCCAGUCGGUCCACGUCGCAUCGUGCCGGGCCCAUCCUUGCCCGUCGGCCUGCCUCCCCUGCCUGGCCUCGGAGCCAUACAAGUCUGUCCCUCGAGACAUACGAGUCACGCCUUGUCGACCUUUUUUUUCUUGGUGCGGCUCCCAACAUGUCACCGCGCAGCAAGCGGUUGCACCGGCGGCGUCAGUACUCAGCUCGGCCGCAGAUCGGCAGCUUUGUUCGGGACGGACGUGCGACGUGCGUGCGUCCCUGCGCUUCCUACGUACUGUACUGUAUGCAACAUGCCGGCCGGCCAUCGGGCGCCUAUCCCAUGAGUCCUUGGAUGCCCCGGCCGCCACGCCCAACAGUACCGCCGUUGCGUUAUUGUUGGCCGCACAAAGGCCGUCGCCGUGGCCUGGCCGACCCUGCUGCCUCUUGUUCUUUGUGAGACGAUGCGACUGCCACGAGAGUAGCCACACAAAGUCCUGCAGUCCACUUGCCUCGUCUGCAUGUCGCAGCCACCCCGAGACGAAAAAGCAAGUCUUCUGCGACUCCCUUGCACUCGAUACCAAAAUAAUUCCCGCCUGGUGGUGCGUAUUUCUACCAGUGAAUUACUCACUGAAUCAAAAGGCACAGACAGGCUGCCCCCCGUGACUCUCUCUGCACUCGGAUUUCGUAGGUUGCCAUGUUGCCCGAUCUCCGUGACUCGUCUUCCCCGUUGGUGACUGAAACGUCGAUCGCUCCUUGCCCUUUCGCGGUAGCAGUAGCAGCCCCAAAGGGGGGAGACGAGCUCUGGUGUCACGGACUCCCAGCUGCCACUGCCGCUGUCGCCGGUUCUUUCCACUCUCGGGCCCGCUGCCUUGCUUGGUUCACUCGUAUGCCGGCUGCUGCUCCUCGUUUGCGUCGGGACUCCCACCGGACCUCGCAGAUUCUUUUUCUUCUCCCCAUUUGCAUGAAAGGAGAGAGCGUGACACGAUUUCACUACUUUUGCCUGCCAUGGCCCCGUCGUCUCUCGCUUAAUCUCGUCCGCCAGACUCUUUCCCGCAAUUUGUUCGAAUACUUAGCAGGCGUUCUCGUCUUUUUUUUUUGCGCAAAUUCCCACGAGGCAGCCUCGCGCGAGACGGCCGAGAUGGGUACCUUCUUUAUCGGCUGGGAGCUAUGGCAGGACAUGACUUUUGUCCUCGCCUGUGCCAUCGUGCUUGUAUUUGUCAUUGGCGUCGUCAAGCUGUGGUGGUCCAACCGCAGAAUUCGAAAGUACGAAAUCAUCGAGGAGGAGAGGAGGAGGAGACUUCAGGAGAUGCGGCACUGCGGCAUCGACUCGACCAACCCAAACGACAUACCCUUUGGAGUCCGCGCCCUGGAGAGCGGUGUCGAGGUCGAGGGCAUCUGGAUAUCGCGGACUAACACCCCCGACGGCAGCCGACUUGGAGCCUCGUCAACCGUCACACUCACAGAAGAACCGCUUGGUAGCAGGGGAAAGGGAAAGGAGCGGGUCGUAGAGUCGAAGCUGCGGGACGACUCGACCACGCAUUCAGUCGACGACAGCCAGUUGGCAAAGCGCAUGACCAUGACACGCAUUUCUGGAGUCGUUGAUGGCACAAAGGGCGGCAGCGACUGGUCCACGACGGACGUGCGCGACUCGACGGAAACCGAGAUACUAUCGACGUAUUCGACCAGGAGGCCGUCUACGUCUCGAGACGCCCAUGGAGGGGGCGAGUCUAGCGCAUCACCAUCACCAUACGCCCACGAACGAAGCUUUCCUCUGAUGCCGACCAUGGGCUCGCAACCGGAGCCGCACCAUCUCAGGGUACCGACUGCGACGUCGCACUCGCACAGGCACUCGCUCGAGGUGGAGCCCCGGGAAGCCGUCUUGUACGGCACGGCCGAGGUCUACGCCAACAGAAAGACGAGGCGCAGCAACACGGGCUUCGAGGUGUUGCCGGCCGGGGUCCUGGGUCCCAGGCAGGAGCUUCUCAGUUACGAUGCGGACGAGUCCAACGUUGACACGGAUGCCACGGUGCAGCGCAGCGAAGGGCCGUCGAAGCUGCGGAAGAGGGCCCGCAACUAGAGGGGGAAAGGGGGGGGGUGCUGUGCGGGAUCAAAGCAGCCUGGUUUUCUGCCAUCAUAUAAAUUGUUAUGUCAACGGACAGAUAUAGUGCUGGCUGUACUAGUGCGCAGUACGGUAACUACUUGACCACGAGGGGGCGGCGCCUCUAGGGCGGGCGCCGUUGUCGCGACCUGACACGGGCCCUGCGACGAUCGAGGCGACCAAUGUAACGUUUUCACGAUGCGCUUUGUACAUACGAAGCACAUGAGACACGCCAAAUGACUGACGGCCGGACAAAGAGCACGUGGGACGCCAUGUACGUAUCCAGUGAUUGCAGUACUACAGUACAGUACGCAUCAAUCAGUGAGUGAAUGGAUGGGUGAAGAC